UACUCGACGUGGUCGCUGGGUCAUGCAAGUGUUAGCAUCAUGCCACUGACAAGGAUUUGCCUUGCCUUCCUGUUGGGUCUCUGCAUUGAUACAGUUGCCUCCAUCCAUUGGUCCCAUUGUGAUGCCGUUGUGUUUGCCGCCUCGAAGUUCAACACAAUGUCAACGCAUCAUGGCCCGCUGUUUCUGAGCAUUGUAGCCAGCAGUGGUGUUUGCGAAUGGAAGAUCUAUGCCAGGCCUGGAUACAGAGUGCUGAUGGAGGUUGUGGAAUCGUCUCUUCCUUCAAGAUGGGACUCCGUUUACAACAUAAGCGUAAACGAGGGCACUCUUGUGUGGCGGAACCUUCUCGGAUCCUGGUGUGGUCAGCAGACUCCUGCGUUUCAAUCGUCCGGCUCGACUCUGACCAUAAAGUUCAACUCUGUUAUUAUCGACAGUGAUUUUGGUUUUUCUAUCCGCUACAAGCAAAUAUCAGACAACUCAGGGAGGAUAAGGUCCCUUUUGCCGGCAACCCAUGUUCGCAAAACUGCAUGGAAAUCUCCAAAAUCACGGCCUCCAAUGCAAACAGUUGCCACGACCCCUUCUAACAAAGGUUGGUUGAUCCUCGUCUUCCCAGUACUAAAAUAG